GCACCAAAACUUCCCUCUGCGGGAAUUUAUUCCUGCUCUUGCUACUCUCUCUCUAGUCUGUAGUCUAUACUCUCUAUAUUCUCACGCUACGCAUCCAAUUUGCCGAUGGUCCAAUUUUUUGAAGAAAUCUGACCAUCGAUUAGGAAGGCUGUCCAAAUUCAGUUGAUGAUUACCCUCUACCGGUUGGGCAUAGGGCUGCGUUUCCAGUGGGCAGCGCGACAGGGAUGGAAUCGCUACUGCCAUACAAACAUGCCCAUGCCAGCGGGGAUCUUUGAAGGAGGUCGCCAGGGACGGACGGGGAGCUUGUGGUCGCAGAUUAUUCCAUGUAAAUUUGACGAGGAAAUGGGGUAUGACAUCAAGUCUAGCCUUAACUUUGUUGUUAAAUAUCAUAAGAAAGAGAUUUCGGCGGGCAACCUCAUGAGGAUCCUGAGCAGACUUCGUAAUGACGGGCGGUUCUCUUUAGCUCUAAAGAUUUUUGAAUGGAUGGGGGAGAGGGAUAUUUAUGAGUUCUCACCUAAGGACCAUGCUUUCCAGAUCAAGUUGAUUGGUAGCGUUCAGGGAUUGACUGCCGCGGAGCGCUAUGCCUGGAACUUGCCAGAACAAGCUAGGAAUGACGUAACAUAUGGAGAACUUCUUCAUUGUUAUGUGCAUAAACACAGAAGAGAAAAGGCUUUAUUUCAUUUUCAGAAGAUGAAAGAGUUGGGUUUUGUGUCGUCGCCUCGCCCAUUCAAUGAAAUCAUGCACCUUUAUGCCAAAAGUCUCCAAGUUGAUAAGGUCCUUGAGGUGUUAGCCGGGAUGAAGAAGAGCGGGGUUUCACCCGAUAAUGAUAGUUACAGAAUCUGCAUUAGUUCAUUUGGGUUAAACUAUGAUGUGGAUGGGAUGGAGAGAAUGCUGAGAGAAAUGGAGAGUCAACCCCACAUUGUCAUGGACUGGUGUACUUACGCCGUGGUAGCCGACUUCUAUGAUAGAGAAUUCCUUGUAGAUAAGGCCGCCAAUGCUCUUGAAAAGGCUAGGGUGAUAUUACAAAAGAAUAAGAAUAAGAAUAAGAAUGAUGAUGAUGAUGGUGGUGGUGGUGAUCGAAGCCACAAUUUGAUAAAUAGUGAUUAUGAGAAUGUGAUAAAGUCUCUGGUGAAGCUUGGCGAGUUUGGUGAGGCUAUGAGGUUUGCUACGGAGUGGGAAUCGCUGGGUAAUUGGUGCACUGUGGGUGAUAUUAGUAUUCCUUGCACAAUCAUUGAGGAGUACAUAAAAAAUGGUUCUGAAUCUUCACUAAGGGCAGCUUACAGAAUGAUUUGGGAGUGGGAAAGCAAGGGGAGGGCUGGCAUCGACAGACUUUCACUUUUACUCUGCAACGGAUUGCUUAAAGCGGGCGAUCUAUUUGAUGCAUAUUCAUGCUUUCAGGGAAAGGGUGCGAUUGUGUAUGGACCUCUAGCGCUUCAGAGGUCGUUUUUCCAAUACCUGGAAGAAGAGUGUGGAUCAUUUUUCCCCUCCAGCGGUGGAAGGUCAUUGUGCUGCUGCGCGGUGUCAUCACUCAGAACUGCUGGAGGCAAAACAUUCUUUGAACUCGUUCCAAUCAACGCGAAAUACACGCUCACAGCUGCGGUACUGGUACACCCCCCCACCACCACCACCACCCAAGCAGCAGCAGCAGAAGAAGAAGAAGCAGUAAAAAACAUGGAUUAUUAUGAGGGUGUAAUAAAAUCACUAGUGGAGUCUGGGGAGUUUGAUGAGGCUAGGAAGACGGCGAUGGAGUGGGAAGCAUCUUCUGGCAACUUGACUAGUAGUAGUCUCCAUCUCCAUGGUUGUUUGAACUUUUCCAAGCUGAUCAUCGACGGAUACUGCAAGAAGAACCGCUCUGUGGAAGCGGAGGGAAUGGCCGAAGCUUGGACAAGGGAAAAUAAGCCUUGGGUCAGAGGGAUUUGGUUGAUACUUGCUUGUCACUACCAGGAAGAGGGUAAAUUGGUGAGAGGAUUCGAGUGCAUGCUGAGAUUUGUUAGUUUAACACCAUGGCUCAAAAGGUAUGGAGGCUUUGUGUUGUUUGAGAUGUAUGUGUAUAUGAUUGAAUAUUCGAGGGGCAUGAAUGCCGCAGGGCUGUCUGAGGAUCGCAUGCGCUCCCAAAAUUUGUUUCAACUGAAUGAUUUAUUAUAUUCGUCCGUCCAGCAUCGCCAGCGCGUCUCUGCAUCGCCGAAAGUUCCCUCCGUCCGGAAGUUCCCUCCUUCGCCCAGCAGAUCCGUCAGUCUCCUCCUGCAAAUCCAUCGAUCUACCGCACCGCUGCUUCAACCUUGUGCUCGCUGGCUGAAAUCGUGCAUCCCGUUUUGUCCGGAACCGUCUAGUUAUAGCCUGUGUGAUCCAAUUGUCACGUUUUGUCUCCGUUCAACAUCAGCAGUCACAUCAUCAUAGAUCGGCACUUGUCGAUUUGUUUCAUCCAGCCGUAAUCAACAGCUAACAAUGUCCUGUUCGGCCAGUAUGACAUGCUUUGUUUGCCACUCAAUUUGGAGAGAGUCAACCGCGGUACUGUAGGUCAAUUGCCAUUAACAAGAGAUUGAGGCUUCUUUUCAACUACUAGUCAAUAGUGGUGUAAAAAAAGGUUACUUUGGUUU